AGCAGCGGCUCUGGCUUCGGUGCAGACACCCAGCAGCCGGCGCGCUGCCGCCCGGCCACCCCCAGCACCUUCUCCCCCUAGCCCUGCGCUCCUGCCCCAACUCACGCUGCCCUCGGACCCCGGCUGUCCGGUCGCGCGCAGUGCCCGCAGCUCGCCGGGCCGACGCCCAGGAGACUCCCUGCUUCGGCCGCGGCUCCUGGAGGGCCGAUCGCCCACCCGGCCCGGCCCUCCUGAGGACGGGGGCGCCUUCAUGCGGCCCCCACCCCCCUCACCCCGCCGCCGCCGCCGCCCCCGAGCUCCGCGCGCUGCGCCCCAGCCCCAGCAGGGCACGCAACUUUGGAAGUCCCGCGGCGCUCUGAGAGGUGGCAGAGUCCGCACCCCGGCCCCAGCCCGGGCUCCGCCGGCCCCGCCGCGUCUGGGGGAAGCGAGAGAGUCGGUAAUCGCUUCGGGGAUGUAAGGAGACAGACAUAGGACCCCAAGCCCGCAUCAGCACCCCUCGGCUGCCUCCCGGGGUGGGGGCGGGCCCCGCACACGGUAAGACCUCUUGCUUUCGCUCAGGCUCGAGAGUCGAGAGAGAUAUAUAUAUUUAAUAUCCCGUCAUCCUUUCAAGUCAUCAGGCCACCGAUGACUUUUGUUCUCCCUUCUUGAAGAAUAAAUCUCUUUCCCCAUCUGCUCGAUCUACUCUCUCCCGUCGCUCAGAAAUAAAACUUGGCUGUAUUUAGGAGCUGGGAGCGAGAAGGCGCCCACCCCGAGCGCCCGAAGCGUGGGUCGGGCGCGGUUCGCUGGAGCCGGGCCCAUGGGCCGCUAGCGGUCCCCCAGCUCGGGCCCGACCUUCCUGCGGCCCCCUCCCCAUGUGAGCCUUGGCGGGGCGAGCGGGGCGCGGGAGGAAGAGGAAGACCCACGGCGCUGGGCCGGAAGGCAGCUGGCAGCAGGCCCAGGCCAGCGGGCACCCGCGUUCAUGUUCCGCCAGGAGCAGCCGCUGGCCGAGGGCAGCUUCGCGCCCAUGGGCUCCCUGCAGCCGGACGCGGGCAACGCGAGCUGGAACGGGACCGAGGCGCCGGGGGGCGGCGCCCGGGCCACCCCCUACUCCUUGCAGGUGACGCUGACGCUGGUAUGCCUGGCCGGCCUGCUCAUGCUGCUCACCGUGUUCGGCAACGUGCUCGUCAUCAUCGCCGUGUUCACAAGCCGCGCGCUCAAGGCGCCCCAGAACCUCUUCCUCGUGUCUCUGGCCUCGGCCGACAUCCUGGUGGCCACGCUCGUCAUCCCUUUCUCGUUGGCCAACGAGGUCAUGGGCUACUGGUACUUUGGCAAGGUGUGGUGUGAGAUCUACCUGGCCCUCGAUGUGCUCUUCUGCACAUCGUCCAUCGUGCACCUGUGCGCCAUCAGCCUGGAUCGCUACUGGUCCAUCACGCAGGCCAUCGAGUACAACCUGAAGCGCACGCCACGCCGCAUCAAGGCCAUCAUCAUCACCGUGUGGGUCAUCUCGGCCGUCAUCUCCUUCCCGCCGCUCAUCUCCAUCGAGAAGAAGGGCGGCGGCAGCGGCCAGCAGCCGGCCGAGCCGCACUGCAAGAUCAACGACCAGAAGUGGUAUGUCAUCUCGUCGUGCAUCGGCUCCUUCUUCGCGCCCUGCCUCAUCAUGAUCCUGGUCUACGUGCGCAUCUACCAGAUCGCCAAGCGCCGCACCCGCGUGCCGCCCAGCCGGCGGGGCCCGGAUGCGGGCGCCGCGCCGCCGGGGGGCGCCGAGCGCAGGCCCAACGGCCUGGGUCCGGAGCGCGGCAUGGGCCCCGUGGGCGCCGAGGUCGAGCCGCUGCCCGCCCAGCUUAACGGUGCCCCCGGGGAGCCCGCGCCGGCAGGGCCGCGCGACACCGACGCGCUGGACCUGGAGGAGAGCUCGUCGUCUGAGCACGCCGAGCGGCCCCCCGGGCCUCGCAGGUCCGAGCGCGGCCCCCGGGCCAAGGGCAAAGCCCGGGUGACCCAGGUGAAGCCCGGGGACAGCCUGCCGCGGCGCGGGCCGGGGGCGCCGGCGGCCGGUCCCGGGGAGGAGCGCGGCGGGGGCGCCAAGGCGUCGCGCUGGCGCGGGCGGCAGAACCGCGAGAAGCGCUUCACGUUCGUGCUGGCCGUGGUCAUCGGCGUGUUCGUGGUGUGCUGGUUCCCCUUCUUCUUCACCUACACGCUCACGGCCGUCGGCUGCUCCGUGCCGCGCACGCUCUUCAAGUUCUUCUUCUGGUUCGGCUACUGCAACAGCUCGCUGAACCCGGUCAUCUACACCAUCUUCAACCACGACUUCCGCCGCGCCUUCAAGAAGAUCCUCUGCCGCGGGGACAGGAAGCGGAUCGUGUGAGCGCGGAGCCCGCGCCGCGCGAACAGACUCGUGCAGAUCGCAGGCAGCUGGGAUCCAGGGGCGCGUCUACGCAGGCCUAGUACUCUGAAACCAGGGUCCUGCCUACUCUGCGUUUCCUGGCCCGGGAGGUUGCUCUGCGGCUUCCGGGCAUCUGCUCUUCCCUACCAGGGAAAAGUACUGGCUGGGAGGGCCACACGCCCCCCAACUGUUGUUAGGGCUGCUUCUGACUGGGAGCCAUCUCUCUAGGUUCUUGGGCCGCCCCUAAUCAGUGUUGUUUCCUAAAGAUAUUUUCACGUCCCAGUCCAACUCUGACAGCAGUUCAGAGCAAGCGCUGGACCCCAGAGCGUACGGCUCACAAAGGGUUAAUGGACGGGGGUUACCCAGGCCCCGCUGAUUGCUGUCUCCCUCCCACCAACUCUAUUUUUAAACAAACGCUCAGGGCCGUCCUGCCCCCCCUCCCAUCCCCCACUGUAAAUAUACACUAUUUUUGAUAGUGCACACAGGAGGGUCCCCAGUGUCGCUUUGCUUUUGAUGUCAGAAUCCUGGCUGUUGGAGAUGCCCUGGAGGCAGACACGUUGUGUCUGGUUCAGGCUAAGCCCCUUUGCAAUGCAAGCCCUUUUCUAGCGUCAUUACCUCCCUCUGUGUCCUUGUCACCAGCAACUGGUGACUGUCCCUGGGGCCUGGAUUUGCUUUGAGAUUUCCUGAGGGAAAAGGUUUGUCUAUUUUUUUUUCCUGUGCCUAACAGCAUAAUUGCCUUUUCCUAUGUAAAUAUUACAGUGUUGGACCAGACAGAAGUAAAUGAACCUUUCCGCCUUGCAUCAGCCCCGUGUAUAAAGCCAUUAUCCUCUGAUGCACACUUUGCCCCAGUAACUCACUUUAAAACCGUCUCUUUCCGAUGCCCCCUCCCUCCUACCCUCCUGGGCCCACCGCUUGAAGAAUAUGUAUGUUUCUAUCUUGUAUCUCUGUGCGCCCUUCCCUCCCCAAAAGUGCUGACUCCGGGAAAUCUUUAAGCUGCUGUUUUUAGACACAGGGGAGUGGAAAUUGUGUGGAAGAAGCAAACCUGAUACAAUUUGCCCAAGGUAAACAGUUUGCAAAGACAAAUGGGCCUGCCAGACUGUACAGUUCCUGCUCCAGGAGCUCCUAAGUCUCAGAGAGGUGUCCUCUACCCGCUUUUCUGGUUGAGAGCAUGUCCUUGAUGAGCUCACAUAGUCAGGGGAGAAGCGGAGACCUCCUGUUUACAUCCGAGUUUCUACGUGUUUGAGACAGACUCUUUAAGGCCCACACUCUCCUGUCACUAAAGAAAAACUAACGUCAGCACAUGUUGCUAAUGGCAGUGGAUUUUUUUAAAUAAAAAGUUUACAGAUCAACUGUGAAAUAAAUAUGAAUUAAAUGGU